UUAAGAACAAGGUGCCUGUGUUAGCUGUGGACGGUGAUCUUGAGGCCUUUGGUGACCACGUAGUUGUUGGAAAGUUUCCUAGGCUCCUCUUCGCGUGUGAACGCAACGAAAUGCUCGGACACAUCACCAAGGCCGUGGGCAUCCUAUGCGGCAGCGUGGCCGCUGUGUCGCUAUACCGCGAAGAAGCCAGGAAGCGGCAAGUGCACGCUUCGUGGACGACCAAUUUCCAGCCCUCUGCUCAGUGGGACUUCAACUGGGACAGGCGGGACCCCGAGUCUUGCGCAAAGCCUCCGGCUGACUCCUCAGAAGAAGAGAAGCGUCGUUAUGACGAAGAAGUGCAGAAAGCAAAGGCGACCGCAACGCGCUAUUUGUACCUAAUUCGACAUGGGGACUUCACAUUUUACGAGGAGCCGGACACCUAUCGCACGCUUACAGAACUUGGCCGCAAGCAGGCGGACCUGACCGGCCAGCGGCUCAAGCAGCUGGGCAUCCCUUUCUGCCAGCUGACCCACUCGACCAUGGCGCGCGCAGUCGAAACGGCCGCGCUCAUCCACCGGCACCUGCCACAGCUCCCGCUCUUCCAGUGCGAGCUCAUCCGCGAAGGGGAGCCCAUGCCUCCUGAGCCCCCGUUUGGAAUAUGGAAGCCGCAGUCCAAGUUCCUGACCGAUGGCGCCCGCAUAGAGGCCGGCUUCCGCAAGUACUUUCACCGCGCUUCGCCCAGCCAGAAGCAAGACUCCCACGAGAUCAUCGUCUGCCACGCCAACGUCAUACGAUACUGCAUAUGCAGGUGUGUCACCACGCAUGCGCGACCAUCAUCGUUCGCACGGGAUCACGUACGCGGCCCUUCGCUGCUGUGCACGAGAUCGUGGGGCCCUGCAGAUCCACCCCGAAGCUUGGUCCCGCAUGAGCCUGGCCAACUGCAGCAUCUCGGUGGUGAAGAUCGCCCCCUCGGGACGGGUGACCCUGCGCGCCCUAGGCGACCACGGCCACUUACCCGUGGCGUUCAUCACGGCCGGCUAGUCUGCCUAUAAGAGUGCCUCGUAUAUCUCACCGGCUCAGCCACCUUCAAACUUGGAGAAAUUUUGUAAACACUUCAAGGUUUCAAACGCGCGACCUCAUUUUCGCGGAAACCUGCUUUCUUUUUUGUUCUCCGCUGACCCUAUCGUAUGUGGCACCUCAAUAAAUUAUUUCGCGAUGCACUCAUAUC